AUGGCUCAGCCGCCGUCGCCGCCGCCGCCGUCCUGUUCCUUGUCCUGUCUGGAGGGGUCCAGCCCCCCGUCUCCUUACCUCCACAGCUUGCCCUCCUGGGUGCUGGAGGACUUUUGCCAGAAGAUGGACUGCCUCAACGAGUACGACUGGAUGCGCUUUGCAUCUCAUGUGAUAACUGACCAGACUGAGCUGAGAAAAAUCAAAUGCAUGGAAAAAGCAGGAAUUAGUAUAACAAGAGAACUAAUGUGGUGGUGGGGAGUGCGGCUUGCAACGGUCCAACAAUUGUUGGAACUUCUGCAGGAAUUGGAGUUCUACAGAGCAGCACAAGUGAUUGCAGAUUGGAAAUCACACAAUCAUGAUUCUACCAGGCCUCUUUUGAAGCCCCCGGAACAGGAGAAGGAAUUGCCACAUCCAAGUGGGAAGGAAAAUAAAGAGAAAAUAGGAAAUGGGAUGAAAGCAUCACCAUCAUUGCCAAACCUGACAGAGAUGCAUAGAAGACAGAAUGAUCCUUUUUUAAAAGUAGAUUCACACAUACCUCCUUUAUCUCUACCGCCAACUUCUAUGGAUCUCCCACAUUCUUUACAUUCAAAUUUCUCAGAUUUCUCAAAUGGAAAGCUCUAUAGUUCAUCCAUUCCUCAGGAGAAAGCUUCUCCUAAUCAUGACACUGCAAGCCUUUUGUGGAUGCCAAGGGAAGUGGAAAUUGCCACUAGCGGCUUCAGUGAAAAAAACCAAAUUAGUGAAAGCGUCUUUGCUACUACUUACAGAGCUCAGAGAGAUAAUGCUCACUAUGUUGUUAAAAAACUAAAAGAGAAUGAGGCACAAGUAUUUUUUCGUACAGAAUUGCAAAUCUGCUUUCGAUGUUGCCAUCCUAAUAUUCUACAGUUGUUGGGUUUAUGUGUGGAAAGUGGACUUCACUCCUUGAUUUACCCCUACAUGGAAAAUGGAUCGUUACUGGACAGGCUACAGUGUCAGGAUAAUUCUGAAGCAUUAACUUGGGAGAAACGCACCAGAAUAUCUUUGGGAUUAAUUAAAGCCAUUCAGCAUUUACAUCAGUUUGGAAUUAUUCAUGGAAAUAUAAAAAGUUCCAAUGUUUUGCUAGAUGCAAACUUUGUACCACAACUUGGACAUUCUGGUCUUAGGCUUCAUCCUGUGGAAAAGAAAUCAGAAUAUACUGUGAUAAAAACCAAGGUCUUGCAAGCUUCACUAGCUUAUUUCCCAGAAGAUUUCGUCAGACAUGGGCAGUUAACUGAAAAAGUGGACAUAUUUGCUUGUGGAAUUAUUUUAGCAGAAAUACUGACUGGCAUGAAAGCAGUGGAUGAAAGAAGAAAUCCUAUUUUUCUGAAGGAUGCCUUGCUUGAAGAACUCAGAAUGGCAAAAGAAUUGUCUUGUACUAAGGAGAAAAACUUUGAAAAUCUUGCUGCCAUACAAAUAUGUCACAAAUACCAAGAUAAGCAAACUGUUUGUUUGACAGAAACAGUCUCUUUAUGCUUGGCCACGUCUAUCUGCAUUUGCCUGCGGAAAAAGAAUGCAAACACGAUAGAGGUGAGUGAAAUGAUAGAAAUUGCAGAUCGUCAAACAAGAUCUCAGAACAUGUCAGAAAGAAGCAGAAAUCUUGGACUCUUCAUCAAUAUUCCAGAAGAAACCAAUGAUGAACCAGCUAGUCCCUUCAAUGUUGACUUCUAUGGUCAUAACCACAAAGGCUCUGCCAAUUCUGGAUCUCUAAACUGUGCCACUACAUUACCACCUUGUAUAAAAGUUUUGCCUCCUGAAACAUACUCUGAGCAGAAUUUACGGGUACCUUGUGAAUCUGAUGAAUCCUGUAACUUUUCGUGGGAACCUGUAGAACACGCUUCCUGCUGUACACCAACCAAACACAGUCUGGAGUCAGAAAAUGUUUCUUGCACUAAACCUCUGAUGUCCACAGCAAAAAGUACAGACUCUGAUAGAAAAACAAAUCAAGAGCAGGGAACAAAUGAUGGCGCUGCUUGUUCCUCACAAGCUUUAAUGAAAGAAAUAAACAUCAAUGAUAAAAAGAAGCAGCUAAUGAAAAAAAUAGCAUUAUAUGAUGAAAAUAAGAUAAACAGUUAUGACCUCUUUGAAUCUUCAAUAUAAAUACAUUUCUAUCAGUUAUGACUUCAGAAGAUGGAGCAUUUCUUCACCAGCAAAAUCCAUUUUUAUAGUACUGUUAUACUUGUUAUAUAUACAA